AUGGAGGCGGCCAUGGAUGAGCAGCCAACCUUAGGGCAAGGGCAAGCCCAGCCACCAGCGCCACCUCCACCGCCUCCGCCUGCGCCCGAAUCCCAAUCUCAAGGAGGCGAGGACGAAGACGACGAUGAAGAAGAGGAGGUUAAGAAUGAAGACGACGAAUUGGUUGCCAAGGCCCAGAAGCUUAUGGACAAGAUCACUUCCGCGCCGGAUAACCCUAAUCCUACUGUUCUUCACGCACUUGCCUCCCUUCUUGAAACUCAAGAGUCUCGAUACAUGGAAGAGAAUGGUCAUUCAUCCAGCAAUGCUCGUGCUUCACAUAACAUCGGACGGCUAGGGAACUUAGUCCGGGAACAUGAUGAUUUCUUUGAAUUAAUAUCUUCAAAGUAUCUGUCGGAAACAAGAUACUCUGUUGCCGUCCAGGCAGCUGCUGGAAGGCUGCUUUUAAGCUGUUCACUAACCUGGAUUUAUCCUCAUGUUUUUGAAGAAGCUGUUUUGGAGAAAAUAAAAGAUUGGGUGAUGGAUGAGACUUCCAGCUCAUCUGUUGAAUACCAGAAUUGGAAGCAUGAUUUGGGGGGCAAGGAGGUCUCAGAUUUUGAAAUGCUGAAGACCUAUGCUACAGGACUUCUUGCUGUAUGUUUGGCUGGUGGUGGUCAAGUAGUGGAAGAUGUGUUGACGUCUGGAUUGUCUGCCAAACUUAUGCGUUAUCUUCGUGUGCGUGUUUUGGGGGAGUCAAGUAUUACUCAAAAGGAUUCUAAUCAUUUAACAGAGAGCAAAAAUACCUUGAAUGCUGUUUGUGUAAGAGGUAGAGAUGAAGGUCGGGGUAGAGUUCGGCAGGUUCUGGAAACAACUCAUUUUGAUGAUCCAAGGAUAACAGAUGAGAGAUGUUUAGAUGACCAGAAUGUUGAUGGUGGAGAACCACCUGAUGGAUUGGCUGAGGGGGUUGAGAUCCAUGAUGCAGAUGGAAAGAUGAAAUUUGGAGAUUUUGAUGAAAAUGUGAGAGACGACUCCUCAAGGCGCAGACCCAACCGUGGAUGGACAAGAUCUAGAGGGAAGGGAAGGGCAAAUGAAGGUGCUGUAGAGAAUGAACAGCCCUUGACCUCUCCAGGAUCUGGUAGUAGGUUGUUGCAGGGACGGAGCUUUAGAGACAGGGCUGCAUUGAAAAAUUCCGAUGUGAAAAAAAUACCAGAUUCUAGGAAGUGUUUGGACAGGAAUACAGAUGUUUCCUAUCUGGAAAGGGAGGAUAACGAUGACUGCUUCCAGGACUGCAGAGUUGGAUGUAAAGAUAUCUCUGACUUAGUAAAGAAAGCAGUUAGGUCUGCAGAAGCUGAAGCCAGAGCAGCUAAUGCACCUGCAGAAGCCAUCAAAGCUGCUGGUGAUGCUGCUGCUGAAGUUGUCAAAACUGCAGCUUUAGAGGAAUUCAAAAUGACAAAUAAUGAAGAAGCUGCCGUUUUGGCUGCUUCAAGAGCGGCAUCUACUGUCAUUGAUGCUGCCAAUUCAGUUGAAGUUUCAAGGAGCUCGAGUAGUAUCAAUGCCGAAUCAAUGACAUCAAGCAGCACAGAACCAGAAAUCCAUGAAGAUGCUGAAGAAUACUUCAUUCUUGAUGCCGAGUCCCUUGCACAGUUGAGAGAAAAAUACUGUAUUCAGUGUCUUGAGACUCUUGGAGAAUAUGUUGAAGUUCUUGGACCUGUACUGCAUGAAAAAGGGGUAGACGUAUGUCUUGCAUUAUUGCAACGAAAUUCUAGACAUAAAGAGGCAUCAAAGGUUGCAAUGCUCUUGCCUGAUAUAAUGAAGCUCAUUUGUGCUUUGGCUGCUCAUCGGAAAUUUGCUGCCUUGUUUGUGGAUAGGGGUGGCAUGCAGAAACUGCUUACUGUCCCUAGGGUUGCUCAAACCUUUUUUGGCCUUUCUUCUUGCUUAUUUACUAUUGGUUCUCUCCAGGGAAUUAUGGAGCGUGUUUGUGCUCUUCCUUCAGAUGUGGUCAACCAGGUGGUUAAGUUAGCUCUUCAACUUCUUGAGUGCUCACAGGAUCAAGCCAGGAAAAAUGCAGCCUUAUUUUUUGCUGCUGCAUUUGUUUUCCGGGCAGUUCUUGAUGCUUUUGAUACUCAGGAAGGCUUACAUAAAUUACUGGGCCUUUUAAAUGAUGCUGCAUCGGUCAGAUCUGGAGUAAAUUCUGGGGCAUUAGGACUCACUGGUUCAGGAUCACUUCGAAAUGAAAGGUCACCUGCAGAGGUGCUGACUUCAUCGGAGAAACAGAUAGCUUACCACACUUGUGUUGCUUUGCGGCAAUACUUCAGAGCCCAUCUUCUGUUGCUCGUGGAUUCUAUUCGUCCAAUUAAAAACAAUCGAAGUGCGGCUCGGAAUCUUCCAAGUGUAAGGGCUGCUUACAAGCCACUUGACAUCAGCAAUGAAGCUUUGGAUGCAGUAUUUCUGCAGUUACAGAAGGACCGGAAGUUGGGUCCUGCAUUUGUGAGAACUCGUUGGCCUGCCGUCGAUGAGUUCUUGCGUUUUAAUGGACAUAUUACUAUGUUGGAGUUAUGCCAGGCUCCACCAGUUGAGCGUUAUUUACAUGAUUUACUUCAAUAUGCAUUGGGUGUUCUGCAUAUUGUUACGUUGGUCCCUAGCAGCCGCAAGAUGAUCGUGAAUUCAACAUUAAGCAAUAAUCGUGUUGGUAUAGCAGUCAUUUUGGAUGCAGCAAGUGUUGGUGGUAGUUAUGUGGACCCUGAGAUCAUUCAGCCUGCACUAAAUGUGUUGGUCAAUCUUGUCUGUCCUCCACCUUCAAUCAGUAAUAAACCGCCUUUGCAUGCUCAAGGUCAGCAGUCUGUUUCUGCCCAAACCUCAAAUGGUCCUGCUACAGAGACUAGAGAUAGAAACACAGAACGUAAUGUCUCAGAUGUAGUAGAUCGAGGUAGUGCAGCAGCACCUGGUACACAGUCCAACAGUAGCAAUUCACAAGCUCCUGCUGCCACAGCAACGUCAGGAUUGGUGGGGGAUCGCCGAAUAUCUUUAGGACCUGCUGCAGGUGGUGCCGGCCUGGCUGCACAAUUAGAGCAAGGCUAUCGCCAAGCAAGGGAGGCUGUUCGUGCCAACAACGGUAUAAAGGUUCUCCUGCAUCUCCUCCAACCACGCAUAUAUUCACCUCCUGCAGCACUUGACUGUCUCCGUGCACUUGCUUGUCGAGUCCUCCUUGGUUUAGCCAGAGAUGAUACUAUUGCCCAUAUAUUGACUAAGCUCCAGGUUGGAAAGAAACUUUCAGAACUAAUUCGAGAUUCAGGGAGCCAGACAAAUGCAACUGAGCAAGGCAGGUGGCAAGCUGAACUUUCACAGGCAGCAAUUGAGCUCAUUGCGAUUGUGACAAAUUCUGGACGAGCUAGUACAUUGGCAGCCACUGAUGCUGCUAUGCCAACUUUGAGGCGCAUAGAAAGGGCAGCUAUAGCUGCUGCUACUCCUAUCACUUACCAUUCCAGGGAACUAUUGCUCUUGAUACACGAACACCUUCAGGCAUCUGGUUUGGCCACAACAGCUGCUUCACUGCUAAAAGAGGCUCAGUUGAUGCCUUUGCCAUCCUUGGCUGCCCCCUCAUCUCUUGUUCAUCAAGCCACACAGGAAGCUCCCUCUGUACAACUCCAGUGGCCCUCUGGCCGCACACCUAGUGGAUUUCUUACAAACAAAUCAAAGAUUACUGCAAGGGAUGAGGAACCAAGUGUGAAAUUUGAUUCUGCUUUCUCGUAUUCAAAGAAAAAACCUUUAGUUUUCUCUCCUAAUUUUGCUCUACAGUCAAGGAAUCAAUCUCAGUCCCAUGACUCUCACUGGGCAUCAGCCAGGAAAGUCUUUGGUGCAUCAAAACAAUUUUCUGCAUCUGCAAAUGCAUCAGAAACUCCAUCAGAAUCCCUGCCAAAACCUACUUUUGAUACAGAGUCCCAAUGCAAGACGCCCAUCGUCUUGCCAAUGAAACGGAAAUUAUCUGAGUUAAAGGAUCCUGGGUGUUUGCUAUCAUCAGGGAAACGUCUUCACACUGGUGACCAAGGGCUUCGAUCUCCAGUUGGUCCUACACCCACUACCAUGCGGAAGACCAGCCUACUAACUGAUGCUGGUGGAUUCUCUACCCCAACUGCUAACUUAAGAGAUCAAUAUGGUCGAUCAACACCAGCUUGUUUUCCAUUAGAGUAUCCUGAUGAUAACCAGUAUGGUAAUUCUAGCAUGGGCCUGACAACACCAUCCUCCCAAUUUGGGCUGCAGAGUGACCCUCAGCCAAGCAACGCAGAGCGAUUAACUCUAGACUCUGUGGUUGUUCAGUAUUUGAAGCACCAGCACCGGCAAUGUCCUGCCCCAAUAACCACUCUUCCACCACUCUCUCUUUUACACCCACAUGUUUGCCCUGAACCAAGACGAAGCCUUGAUGCCCCAUCGAAUGUUACAGCCCGGCUUGGUACUCGUGAGUUCAAAAGCAUGUAUGGUGGGGUCCACGGAAAUCGCAGGGAUCGUCAAUUUGUUUACAGUAGAUUCCGACCAUGGCGAACUUGUCGGGAUGAUUCUGGUGCCCCUUUGACAUGCAUCUCUUUUCUUAGUGAUUCCGCUCAUAUUGCAGUAGGUGGCCAUGGUGGUGAGCUCAAAAUUUUUGACUCCAAUAGCAGCAAUGUACUGGAGAGUUGCGCAAGCCACCAGUCUCCUAUAACGUUUGUUCAGUCACAUCUUUCCGGUGAGACCCAGCUGGUGCUUUCUUCAAGCUCCCAGGAUGUGAGGUUGUGGGAAGCAUCUUCAGUCUCUUCUGGGCCCAUGCAUUCCUAUGAAGGGUGUAAGGCUGCAAGAUUUAGCAAUUUUGGGGAUAUUUUUGCAGCUCUUCCAUCAGAGCUGGCCCGGCGAGAGAUUCUCCUGUAUGACAUCCAAACUAGCCAGUUGGAAUCGAAACUGUCAGAUACAUCUGCUAGCUCUACAGGUCGGGGACAUUCUUAUUCUCAUAUACACUUCAACCCUUCAGACACAAUGCUGCUUUGGAAUGGGGUCCUAUGGGACAGACGGGUUCCUACCCCUGUUCAUCGUUUUGAUCAGUUUACAGAUUAUGGGGGCGGUGGCUUCCAUCCUGCUGGGAAUGAGGUGAUUAUAAACUCUGAGGUCUGGGAUCUCCGGAAAUUCAGACUCCUUCGGAGUGUACCUUCAUUAGACCAAACAACAAUAACUUUCAAUGCACGCGGCGAUGUAAUUUAUGCAAUCCUCCGGCGAAAUCUGGAGGAUGUAAUGUCAGCGGUUCACACCCGACGUGUAAAGCAUCCCCUCUUUGCUGCAUUCCGCACGGUGGAUGCAGUUAACUACUCUGACAUUGCCACUAUUCCAGUUGAUCGUUGUGUCCUUGACUUUGCAACAGAGCCAACUGAUUCCUUUGUUGGGUUGAUCACAAUGGAUGACCAAGAUGAUAUGUUAGCUUCUGCUAGGGUCUAUGAAAUUGGUCGCCGGAGGCCGACUGAUGAUGAUUCUGAUCCUGAUGAUGCUGAGAGUGAAGAAGAUGAAGAUGACGAGGAUGAGGAUGAUGACGAUGAUGUGGACCCUAUACUGGGCCCAGAUCUUGAUGGGGAUUCCGACAGUGAUGUGGAUGAUAUGAGCAAUGAUGAGGAUGACAGCGUGAGUGACCUCGAUGAUGAUGACGAGGAUGGAGAUUUUAUUAUGGAUGACUUUGAGGGAGGAGGUGGAAUACUGGAGAUUGUAACAGAUGGCGAGGACGACGACGAUGACGAUAGUCAAUUUAUGGAGUCCUUUAGCAGUGGUGAUGAGGAUUAUGUGGGCGGUUUUGGAUAUUAA